ACACACUGCAAAAUCCACCUGUCGGCAAGGACGCCGAUGACGAUGCUGAUGGGCAGGUUGGCCGGCGUAGCGCUGGAGCUGGCUCUCGCCGCGCUGCUCCUGCUCUUCCUCCCGCCCUACUACGUCUACAGGUUCACCGCCUCCUUCCUCGGCUCCGUCUUCCCCGACAACGUCUCCGGCAAGGUCGUCCUCAUCACCGGCGCCUCCUCCGGCAUAGGCGAGCACCUGGCGUAUGAGUACGCGAAGAGAGGAGCCAACCUGGCGCUCGUGGCGAGAAGGGAGGCGAGCCUCCGGGAGGUCGCCGACAACGCGUCGGCGCUCGGCUCACCCAGCGUCCUUGUCUUGCCGGCUGACGUCUCCAAGCCCGACGACUGCCUAAAGUUCAUCGACGACACGGUUGCCUACUUCGGAAGAUUGGACCACUUGGUGAACAACGCGUCGAUUUGGCAGGUCUGCAAGUUCGAAGAGGUGGAGGACGUGAGCUACUUCAGAACACUGAUGGACAUCAACUUCUGGGGUCAUGUGUACCCAACUCGCUAUGCCAUUCCUCACCUGAAGAAAACCCAUGGCCGGAUCGUUGGUGUCACCUCCAACUCCUCCUACAUAUUCAUCGGAAGGAACACCUUCUACAAUGCGAGCAAAGCAGCGGCGCUAAAUUUUUACAACACGCUCCGGAUGGAGCUUGGCGGGGACGUCCGCAUUACAGAGAUCGUCCCAGGGGUGGUCGAGUCAGAGAUCACAAAGGGGAAGAUGCUCACCAAGGAAGGAGAGAUGAAAGUUGACCAAGACGAAAGAGAUGCGAUCCUUGGGCCAACACCGGCAGAGCCUGUCGCCGCUUUCGCAAAGACGGCGGUGAAGGAUGUGUGCCGGGGGGAGAGGUACGUGUUCGAGCCGAGGUGGUACUUGGCGGUGUACCUGUUCAGGGUCUGCUUCCCAGAGAUCCUGGCCUGGAGCUCCCGGCUCCUGACCGUGAAGACACUGGGGCGCCCUGCAACGACCGACACUGUGGGAAGACAGAUCCUCGACAUGCCCGGGGUGCGCUGGUUCACCCAAACGGCCUCGCUGCGGUCGCCGGAGAUUCAGGCCAGGUGAAAGUAGCUGGAUCGGCCCGUUGUGAUGUAGGAAGCCCACUACGAGGUCUGGUAGUAGUAAGAUGAAGCUUUGUCGAACUAAAACGUGCUUGUGUACUAGUAUGUCCAUGGUCCGUAAUAAUUGAGAGUGGAAAAGAACAUUACAGUA